AUGCCCAGCAGUGCAAGGAGUCGUUGGGGGAAAAGGAAGUGGAGUGAUCAAAGUAAGAAUAGACAUAACUGGCACAAUAAAAGACCAAGCACAGGAGUUCGUAUUGGUGGGACGAGUGGGAGUAUUAUACCCUGUCCUAAGUGUAAUAAACUCCACAGAGGUGAAUGUUUACUUGGGAAGAACAUGUGUUUCCGGUGUGGUAAGCCCGGACACAUUGCUCUCAACUGCACAGAGCCUCCAAAGAAGAAAGAUGAUGAUCAAGACAAGAAUAAGGAAGUAAAGGCUCGAGUUUUUGCACUGAAUCAGUAUGAGGCGGAGCAGGAUCCGAAUGUGAUUGCAGGUAUUUUGUUAUUAUCUGAUGUACCCGCUUACAUACUUUUUGAUUCUGGGGCUACCAAUUCUUUUAUCUCUAUAUCCUUCGUCGCUAGGUCAAACCUUGCAUGUGUGAAAACGAAUUAUGAAUUAGAGGUUAGCAUCCCUUCAGGAAGAACUCUUUGUACAAAUCGGAUGACUAAGGCUAUGAAGUUAGAGAUUGAUGGGAAAAUAUUACAAGCAGACUUAUACCUUUUGGAGAUGAAAGAUUUCGAUGUUAUUUUGGGCAUGGAUUGGUUGGGACUUAAUCAUGCGACCAUUCGAUGUCACGAGAAAGAAGUAUUGUUUCAUAGACUGAGAGAAGAAGAAUUCCAUUUCUUUGGAGCAAAGUUCAAGUCUUUGCCUCGUCUUGUAUCAACUAUUCAAGCGGAAAAGAUGUUGAAAAAUGAGUCAUGUCAAGGAUUUCUGGUUAAUAUCACCAGUCCCCAACAUCUAGAAAAGACUGUUAAUGAUAUUAACAUUGUGCGAGAUUUUGCAGACAUAUUUCCAGAAGAUUUACCAGGCAUUCCAUAA